AUGCAUCAUAUCGAAGCUUGGCCCCUACCUAGGAGCAUUGUAGCAGUGAUCAGAAUGUUAUAUUCGUGUUCCUUAGCUUCACUCAAGAUGAAUCAGCACACUAUCUAUCUAUCUAUCUAUCUAUCUAUCUAUCACAUUCUGUUAAUAUAUAUCUAUUUCAUAUCUGUUCACAUCUAUCUAUCUAUCUAUUCUGUUAAUAGAAUUCUCAUUAUUUUCAUAUCUAUCUAUCUAUCUAUCUAUCUAUCUAUCUAUCUCAUUCUGUUCAUCUAUCUAUCUAUCUAUCUAUCUAUCUAUCUAUCUAUCUCAUUCUGUUCAUCUAUCUAUCUAUCUAUCUAUCUAUCUAUCUAUCUAUCUAUCUAUCACAUUCUAUUAAUAUAUAUCUAUUUCAUAUCUAACCAACUGAAAAACGCCUAUAUCUAUCUAUCUAUCUAUAUCUUCGAUAUCUAUCUAUCUAUCUAUCUAUCUAUCUAUCACAAUAUGUUCAUAUCUAUCUAUCUAUCUAUCUAUCUAUCUAUCUAUCUAUCACAAUAUGUUCAUAUCUAUCUAUCUAUCUAUCUAUCUAUCUAUCUAUCUAUCUAUCUCAUUACUUUAAUAUCUAUUUCUCUAUCUCAUUACUUUCAUAUCUAUCUAUCUAUCUAUCUAUCUAUCUAUCUAUCUAUCUAUCUAUCUCAUUACUUUCAUUUCUUUCUAUCUAUCUAUCUAUCUAUCUAUCUAUCUAUCUAUCUAUCUAUCUAUCUAUCUAUCUGUUUAUUAAAUCUGUCUACUCUUGAAUGUUAUGUUUCUGGUCAAGAAAUUGCGGUCACAAAUUAA